CACAUCUCCGGCAGCGCCAGCGCUAUCCAAAUACGAGCGGAGGCGGCGAGGCGUGCCGCCAAAGGGCAGCCGGCCAUGGGGCAGCCCGCAAAAGUGGACGUCGAGGCGCCGGUGCCGGAGCUGAAGUCGCCGACGCUGCGCACGAGGGACACAGUGGGGCUGCGGGACGCGCUGCUGGCCCGGAAGGCGAAAAAGCUCCAGGCGACGCGGCUGGGGUUCCUGUUCUUGUAUAUGACGCUACUCUUCGGGGUCUGGAUUCUCGCGUUGCGGCACAACCGCAUCUCGCUCUAUGAGCUCGAGUUCAAUCCCCACAAACCGUUGGGGGUCGUGUUGAAAGGCUGCGAUCUCGUGGUCAAGCGCGGGCCUGACGCGCGGGUGCGCCUCAAGACGCACCUCUCGAGCGCGGCGUCAAGCACAGUGCAUAAAUCAAAUUGUCGGCGCGUCUCGCACUCGACGCACGGGUUGAUUUCCACACAGGUCGGCGAGCAUCCAGAUGCGCAGCGGCAAGCUCGAACGGAUUACGGCGACGAACUCGUUACCAGGCGGCUGCGACGCGUCGCCCGGUCUAAGGUGCGCGCCGAUCUGCAAGCUCACGGUUGAAGUACCCCAUGCGAAGGAGAUCGUAAGGUUAGAUAUUAAUCAAGAUGCGGCCGACGAGGCGGACCACGUGAAGGUGGUCCUCAAAGAUGUUAAAAUCAAAGAUUGUAGGGUGAACGGGCCGCGCGUCGAGCUCGUCGUCAAGGACACAAUACAUGAGUCGAUACUGAAGGCGCAAUUGGAGUCCGGCACGAUCCGGGCGUCGCAUGUGCGAGGCGGCGCGUUGUUCCUCAAAAGCGCCCGAGGCAACAUCUACGUCGACGAUGAAUCCACGGAUAGCUGGGAUUUGAAUUGGCGCGCCGGUUCUAACCAAGCCUGCUUCGAGACCUUCGGGAGCGGUGCGCGCGACGCCCUGUCCAUCGACUAUUCUGGCAGAACGGUGGACGGAGUCUUGACCUGUGUGGAAAUCAAAUUGUCGCGGCGCGUCUCCGCCACUGCUGAAUCAUGGCCUUACGCCAUCGACGCGACGCCACCUCGACGGCGUGGCGGUGUGGGUCUUACACGACUCGAUUCAGUCAUCAGGGACGCGUCGUCGCCGAGAAAUGACUUAGGCACCCGACACACGGGUUGAUUUCCACACAGGUCUGGACCCCGAAGCAGGUCUUCUCGAACUCCACAACAGGCUCAUGGUGGACGGACUGCAACCCCCAAUCAUUGUGGUGGAAGACGCAGGUCUUCGCGACCUACGACGGCGACGCGGACGGGAGAAUCACGAAGGACGAGUUCCGGGAAGGCUACGAGAAAUUGGGAAGGUGCUGCGGCGGCGGCUGCCCCCAGUGGUCCUGGUGCGGCGUCUUGGAGGACGAGGUGUUUCCUUCCGUAGAUAACACUGGAACACUGUUGAUGGGCAGCAACGUGGUCACGUCCGGAUCAUUCCUCGACAAACUGGAGGGGAUGGGCGACACUACAUUAAUUCCGGGGUGUCACAGAGUAGCCACUGUUGAAGAUAGUACUACUAGACGAAGUGUUACGCUAUGGAGCGACGCGGGCGAAGUUCGCUUCACGAAAGGUGUUGAUAGGACUACUGACGACCACGGCGUCUUUCGGGAUACGGGCCAACCAGACGGUUUAAGACUGGCGAAGUACGAUAGUGAUGCCUUAAUUAGUGAAAUACGAGACGUCUAUGGCGCCAAUGACGCGGAGGGCGACGUGCUGGUCGUUAUUGAUGUGGUCUCCUCACCAGGUGUCCCGGAGCAGCGCUGGAUUUAUGCUACUAGAAAGAUUUUCCUCGAGAUCGACCCCCCGACGCUCCACUUAUUAUCUUUAGGACUACUCGUACCGGACAUGAAGAGGUAUCGAGUGCACUUUACGAACGGUGCAAUCUCGGCGUUUUGAGGUGUAGAGGCGCCUUCACGCCGUCGACGCGCGUCGUCUCCAUCAGAUGAGGUCGUGGGAGGUUUCUUUUUCGAGUUUGAGGCCGUUCGGACCGCGUCGAGCGACCGCGAUGCUCCACGCAGGCGUCUGUGGCGAUCAUAACGCGACAGAUGUAAAAACAGCAACGCUGGAGAUCUACUCUCAAUUAUAUCAGGCUCUAGUUCCCAGGUUCCAGCAGAGCGGGCUGCGGGGCAUGCUCGUGCGGCUCGAGAGACAAAAAAGAAGAACGCUGCCUGCCUUAGGGAAGAUGUGGGCCUACCCCAGUCGCGUGGGCACACUAACGGGAGCCAACACACCGACGGACCCCUACGAGACGCCCUACAACGAGGUGCGGCAGGGGACGCCGCGCACGGCCUUAGUUUUUAGUGCUGCGCUUGGCGUCUUCGUCGCUAUUUUCAGUACAUUGGCCCUGAUCAAGGUCGCGACGAUACUCGUGGAUAAUCAUGAAAGAAAACAACAGGUAAGACACCAGAUGGAGGCGGCCAAGCAAUUAGCUGCUUUGGGUGCGUCGGAACAAGAGAUCAAAGCCGCCCUGAGGCCGCCCCCGAAACCGCCUCGCAAGACGGGCUGGAAGCGGUUCUUGCAAGUCCCCAAAAAUCCCUUGGCCAAGCCGCUGCGCCUGUUCACUAUUUUUGUGGCCAAGCCCCUGAAGCGGCACUACGUUAAUAGUGUGAAAGCGUUUGUGCAGGCCGAGUGUUUAUUGCGACCUGUUCGAGGUGGCGUGGUGGUCGAAGACAAGCCUGCUGAUGCGAGCGCACCGGCCCCGGCACCGGGAGAGCAGCUGCGGUCCAUGCCUGUGUGGAAAUCAUGACCUUACGCCAUCGACGCGACGCCACCGCGAUGGACGCUGGUUGAUUGCCACACAGGUCCAUCCACGCGUCGCUCGACGGCGUGAACAACCACAACGUCAUGCUGUUUGAUUUGAACUCCUGCGCGCUCGAGAACUUCGAAUGUCACUACAACAAGUACUGCGCUCAGCAAGAUCUGAAACCGUUCCUGAAAGAGGAGUUGCAGGCCGAGCUCGCCUCGAGAUUUGAUUGCAAGUUUAAGCGGGUGAGGAGCAGUGCAUAAAUCAUGACCUCCACGCCAUCGACGCGACGCCGGCUCGACGGCGUGAUCGGGUGCACCCGACGCACGGGUCGAUGCACGCACAGGUCAGGAUGCCCCAAAUUUCGGGACUGAAGUGGAGGGACCAGACGCUGCGCGACCUCGACGCGUUCCGGGAGCGGAAGCUGAGGAUGACUGCAAGUUUGGAUGAAUUUGGAGAUAUUGGCGGCGCCGCAUCUCUCAACAUCGACGGGGCGCUGGUCGCGCGGUUCCUGCGGGAGGAGUGCGAGAUCACGGGCCACAACCAGAUCGACCAGAUCCAAACUUUUGACCGGAGAAGAAGGGACGAGGCCGGCCACAAGGGCAUUGCCGCCGGACUCUAUUCGAGGUUCUACGACUGGAUCUGCGUGCAGAACCCGGCGGCGCAGCUGGUGAGCGAGGACGACGUGCGCACGGCCUGCCGAAAGAUUGUCAGAGGCGACCCCGAAAAGCUGCUCGAGCAGGUCGGGCCCGGUUUAGUGUUCUCGGUGGAAGGCGUCGUCUUCGCGCAGGGCCUCACGCUGAAAGAUGCUGGUAGAGAUAAAGCUGUCGGCGCCAUUUCCCGAGACGAGUACAAGCGGGAGGCGUUGCUCGUGUUGGGCCACGUUUGUUUCUUGAUGUCCCUGCCUUGUUUGGUGCUUGCGACGUUAUUAAAGACGCAGUUCAUGUACGCGGAAGCGUUAUCUGUCAGACGAGCUUUAUCCAAGUACGACCUCACGUGGCCCAUGAAGGAGGAUAGGGAGAUCAACGCGACGUGCAUGUAUCUUGGGAGUUUCUGUCUGGCUUAUAUGGCCCUCGCUUUAUUACGACUCAUCGCGAACUACGCCUUUACUACAAAAGGUAGUAAAGGGGUUAUCAAAUAUAUGACGUUGGUCAGCAUGUGGCUCUUCGGGUUUGCUUCCACCCUCAUGGUCGUCUUCUUCAUCGCGUACUGCGCUAUCUUAGCGUGCUGGAUUUUGGUCGCGGCCGUGAGGAACGGUGUGGGAAUCAACCAGUGCGUCGGGUGCUCAAACUCGAAAAAGAAACCACCCACGACCUCGCCCGAUGGACACGAGUCGCGUCGAUGGCGUAGGGCGCCCGAAAUUUGAUGUCCACGCAGGUCAUGAAGCCCUCGGAGUACCUCAAAUACGCGGCGGCCGCCGCGCUCAUCAUCUUCGUGAUCACGACGUCCUGGAAGCAGAUGGCCGCCACGGCGCGUGCGAUGGAGGAGACGAUCACGAGGGUCAUGGACCGCACGCUCAACGAAAGCGUGAAGAAAGCGUCGCGUCCCGUGUCGUCGACGCGGCGUUGUCCCCGUAAGUUGACACACAGGCACGAGAAACUCACGCGCGAGAAGAUGAACAAGGAGGCCGUGGUCGAAGGCGCGGCGGUCGGCACUGUCGCGGUCGGCGCUGCUGGUUUACGGCAGCGCAAAGGUGAAACUACAGAAGAUGUGGAGGCCGGGGAUGAUCCAGAUGCGCCCUUCGAGAUCGAGCGCAUCUUCGAUCUCGUGGAUGAGGACGAGUCCAAUACCCUCGACCGAGAGGAGCUCCGGGAAUUAUUUUACCUGAUGGAGAUCUCGAUAAGCGAGGAGCAGCUCGAGACGAUUUUUGCGUUCGCCGACGCCGACGGUUCUGGGAGUAUAGACAUGGGCGAGUUCCGGAGCGCCUGGGCGCGGAUCCAGGAGGAGAUGGUCGCGGCGGUCAUGGAGCAGGUCGGCCUGUCGACGACGCAGAUCAUACUUUUUGUGGCGUGCGUGACGAUCGCGGUCUGUGCUCUGUUUGCGUUCAUCUUCCUCGCCAUCGGCGCAUGGCACGACGUACGGGGGCGGCGUCCUUGGGGUGCCUUCGCUGUCCACCUCCACGCCGUCGACGCGUCCCCGCGCAGGCCGACGGCGCCUUCAUCGCGGUGGUGCAGUCCACGUUUAUUGCCGGUUCUGGGUUCGUCACGCAGAUGGCGGCGGCACGCAAAUCAUCAGAUGACGACACGGAGAAGGCCGAGGAGAUGGCGGAGGAGUCAUUGAAAGACGACUGAGUAAAU